GCAGAGAAACCAGACAGUGUGUUCAUAAGUUUAGUGAAUCACAGCAGUCCAGUGGCGGAAGGAAGAGAGUACCAUCUACAGUGUGAGGUGCAGAACGUCGCACCCGUCCAGUACCUUGUUUUACGUUGGUACAGAGGAAAAACUGAGGUUUACAAUCACUCAUUCUCAGAGUUAUCACCUGCAACACCAGUCCAGGUGUCCUCCACCUUGCUGAUUGUCCCAAACAGAGCUGAUAACGGUGCUCAGUACAGGUGUGAAGCAGAGCUGCAGCUGGGAGCAGAAGGACCUCAACCUCCUGCAACAGUUCAGUCUGACGUUCUCAGCAUUGCUGUUCAAUACCCGCCUGACUUCCGCAGUCCAGAGGAAGAGAUACUGAACAUCGGUGAGGAUAGUGAAAUGAUGCUGGAUUGUACUGCGGAGGGUAACCCACCUCCUGUGUAUAUCUGGACCUCCUCAAACCUUCAGGAGCAGGCUGAUAAUCAGGCUGUUUUGAGAGCUGCAUCCUUUGGCCCAGGUGUAUAUACAUGUACUGCGUCCAAUAUCCUGGGGAAAAAGAGCAAACAGUUUGUCAUCAAGCACAAAUCCAAAGCUGUUUCAGUCCAGAGACCUUGAGAACGAACCGAAGAUAUAUAGUUCUAGAUGGUACGCUCAGGACUUUCUGGACGUGGGAGAUCAAAAUCUAGCUUGGCUCUUUGUUACAUUUUAGAUGUUUUUAGGGGACUCUCUUUUCAGGGGUUAUGAUUUGUUAAAUAUGAGAGUCUAACCUACAUAAGUGUAAAAUCUAUCCUAGUAAGCUUUAUUAAUUUUAACAGAGCAUUUGUAUGUUCCAUGGCACACUGUGAUGGCUCUGACAUUUUAAUGUUUUUGUAGAUAUUUACUCACCCAAUAAUAAAAAA